GACGAUGGAGCCCAUGGAAAUGGUUAGACUGGAACGCAGGAAAUUGUCCAUUUGAACCCCGCUCCAUUGACAAUACCAUCAUUCUUCACAUUUGCAACACCAUUUCAGACCUUUUCUCCGACAAGCCUCGAAGCACUUGUCAAUCCACUGUUCACUAUCCAUUCUGCAUCUUCUUCAAGAUGACUGAAAUCCUACAGGUCCUGCCAACGAGCAGCCUGCUUGUGCCAACAUACUCGCCCUCUCCCAGCGUUGGGCCGCUUCCAACCGUUGUUCCAAGCCCGGUUCAGCGCCAAGAGCCUCACGACCUUGGGCGAGUCACCCUCUGGGUGGUCUUUGCACUCAUGCUCAUUUCCACGGUCGUCUUUGCAGCCCUAGCAUACCGUGUACCCGUACAAAAACGUCUCUUCCAUGUUCUUACUACUUUUAUUGUCGCGAUUGCAACUAUUUCCUACUUCUCAAUGGCAAAUGGAGAUGCCAAAAGCUGGCACUUCAUCCUCCACAAGCAAGACCACAAACAUGGCAUCCCGCCUACCUGGGUGGAUGUCUAUCGUUUGGUUUUCUGGGGUCGGUACGUUGACUGGGCUCUGACCACGCCAUUGCUUCUUUUGGAUCUCGGCUUCUUGGCUGGGCUGAAUGGUGCAAACAUUAUCGUGGCCGUCGUCGCCGAUAUAGUCAUGGUUUUGACCGGACUAUUUGCGGCUUUUGGACAUGGCCAGCACAAGUGGGGAUACUUCACUUUUGCAAUCAUUGCAUACUUGGUUGUCAUCUACCAAUUGGCCUACAAUGGACGGAAGAAGGCCAUAGCCAAGGAUACUCGAGUCGGAAAUUUCUAUACGGCCAUUGCCGGCUUCUCUCUGAUUCUCUGGACCAUUUACCCUAUUAUCUGGGGCUUGGGUGAGGGCUCGCACAGAUUAUCUGUCGACCACGAAAUCUUGGCGUACGCAAUCCUGGACUUCCUGGCCAAGCCGGUGUUCGGCAUUUGGCUCCUGUUGGGCCACGCGCGGAUCGCUUCCACGAACAUUGCCCUCGACGGCUUCUGGACCAAUGGACUUGGAGCCUCUGAGGGUUUGCUUCGCCUCGGAGAUGACGACGAGGGCGCUUGAGGAGCUGAUGUGAUCCCAAGAGCCUCAGGUGUGGUUGAGUAGGGCUGAGGCGGUUCAAGGGAUUACGCAUGUUUGCGUCGGAGAUAAUGCUAGUCUGGAGUGACUGUUUAGCACACCGGAAGCCUUUUGUUGCGGCUCAAGAGAGAAGGCUAUCAAAAUGUCGAAAAUUGCAUUGCUUAUCCAAAAGGGGACCCAUGUCUUUUAAUAUCGCAUAAUAGCCAUUUUUGCUGGAAAAGCGCUUUCAUUCGUUUCUAUUUUGCACUGCCAUAGUCGCUAUCGCAUAGUCAGCUGAAAAAUUAGUUAUAUGAAGCCUUGUUGACGUCU